GAGAGAGUCAUUAAGUCUCGCACAGAGAGAGUUGGUGGAUGCUACGCAUGCUCAGACGCUAUUAUUAGUCCACCCUCCCCUCCUUUUCUCCCUCCUUCCUUCAUCAGGAUGAGGUGGGCUGUCUAUAUAGGUGUUCGGGGAGUGAUGCACGCGGGCAGCAAGUUAUCAUAAAACACAGGUUUUCCUCCAAACCCAGAGGGCAGAGUGAGGCGUGAGGGGAAGGGGGGUGUCCGGCAGAGGUGCGCCACGGUGCCCUUGAGGACAACCAGGACUGCAGCGGGAGAAAAAGAAAAAAAAGGAAGAGAUAGAAGACGAGAGAAGACAAGGACGUGAGGCUGAGAAAUAAAUGACCAGGAAGGAGGUGAUGGAGGUUCUCUGUAAAUGAGACUGAGCACCAGUGAAGUUCAGCCCGGUGUUCUGCUGGUUUGCGCCGCGGCAGAAGAGCAAAUUCUGGAGAUACCAGCUUUAUUCUCUGUUAGCACAUCGUGCAGGUGUGCUGUGACUCGUAUAGCAGCAGAGACGUACGGCUCUGGAAGGUGCAAAAUGGCGAACAUCACCUCCGAGAUCUUAAAAAUGGAGUCCACUCAUCUCCUGGGUAGCUCCAAGAAGAGAGUCAAGAUCCACCCUCACACAGUUACCGCCAAAUAUGCCACGCACGCGCCCUACACCCCCCAGCCUGGAGUACACACCCACUUCCCCCAACCAGGGGACGAUGGCUACGAUGACGCUCCUUCUUUUGAGGACUUUGGAUCGUUCCUGGAGGAGACGUCAGACAAGAAACGUCUGACGGAGAGCAGGAGAUGGCCUUUGACGCUGUUUGGCUCCAAAGAAAAGGAGACGUCUCAUAAACUCCAGGCUACCGGGGGAGGGGAGGGGAGCGAUGCGGGAGCCAAAACGGCAAAGGGCUCCGGAAAAGGGGUCGGGGAACAGCUGGCGAGUUUCGGUGAGGCGUCGGUGUCCGCCUCUCGGCUGACUUGGGCCGGGCUGCUGGGCGCGGCGCUGGCGCACGGCUGCUUGAUCGACCUGACCCGCGUGGCCUCGGAGAACUUCAGCCUCGGCCCUCUGUUCCUGCUCCUGGUGCGCUCCAUCGUUCAGCUCCUGUCCGUGGCUGUCCCGCUGCACAGAAGGGAGAACCCGUUCGGGCCGGAGGGGUAUCGGCUACGUCUGCUCUGCUACGGCGUCACCUACUCCCUCUCCCUGUGCUGCGCCUACUCGUCCUUAACCUUUGUGUCCCCUGGAAACGGCACAACCACUUGGCGCCUGGCAACCACGGCUCUGUCAGCGACCCUCGCCUUCCUCCUCCUGGAGGAGAGACUGGGACUGAUCGAUGGGAUCACCUUAUCCGUUGGGUUGUGUGGUUUGGGGCUGGUCUUACUUCCGACAGCAGAUGAGGCCAACUCAGAUUCCCCGACUGACCCGGUUGCGUUUUGGAGGGGCGCUUUCGGAUGGUCUCUCUCGGCGCUGGCAGGGUUGUGGAUGGCGCUGGCGCUGGUGGGGUUUCGCUCGCUGAAGGACCGGGUGGGAGUGGGCACUGCCCUGUUCACAGUGAGCUGGACAGGCUGCCUGCUCACUCCGGCCUCUCUGGCCCUGCUCCAGGAAGGCUGGUCCUGGCCGACGAGCGCCUCGGCCUGGGCACUGGUCCUCGCUCUGGUGGCCUGCUCGGUAGCGGCCUUCCUGGGAAUGACGCACGCUCUCACCCGUCUCCACCCAGCUCUGGUGUCUGCCUCUCAGAGCCUGGAGAUACCCGUCGCUAUGCUCCUUUAUCUGGCCGUGCUGCCUGCGGUUCCCUCCGCGCCCGAGGUCGUGGGGAACGUGUUGGUGGUGCUGAGCGUGAGCUGGCUGGUGGCGAUGAAGCUGCUUCCUGCUCGGGGUGGCGCGCGGCGCCAGAGAGAGGAAUACGAGGAGAUUCUGGACUCGCCCAUCAAAUAGACACCCCCCUCUAUCCUUGUCGCCUCCGCUUCCUUCUUCGUGUGACCGGUUCCAGUGUACACAGGAGACUUCUAAAUGUUUAUCGGAGCUUUAUCUAUUUUGUAUUGUUGUUUCUGCUUUUGAAAAAGUGCCAAUAUUGUGUCGUGUGUUACAGUGACUCUGUGAUGUGAUAUUAAAUUUUCUCUGACUCAUUGCAUUCUUGUUGGCACUUCUGAUCAACUCUCCUUGUACCAAAACUGGGGGGGAAAAAAAAGGGUUUGAGCGAGCGUGCAUGUUUUAAACAGAGUGGAACGUCAGUCCCCUUUGGUAGCCAGAUGAGGUUGGGCCAAAGUCUGAUGCCAUCAUUUUUGGUCUCUUUCUGCAGAUGAAAUGGAGAAAAGAACAAAAGCUCGGAAAUAAGGGAGAGGAGUGAAACACACAAAACAAGAGGGAGAUGAAUGGAGGCAGAGUGAGAGAGGAUGAUGAGACUGGCAUACAGAUAAGAAACAGGCGGAGAAGUGGAGUGACGGCAGAGGACAAAACAUAGAUAAAAGGAAUAGGAGAGAGAAAGGAAGUCAGUGCUGG